AUGUGUGACGAGAUCAUCAUGGGCUGCUGCGCGGCCAUCUUUUGCUCGUCCGGGUCGUCCAACCAAGCGUCCAAGACGACGCGCCCGGUCGACGACGCGCCCGCGGUCCCUAUCGUCGUGAGCCCCGUCCCUGUCGUCGCAACAGCAAUGAGCACCACGAGCCCGUUGAGCACGGUUGCCAAGGACGAAGACGUCUUGCCUGCGACAACGACGACGACGACGGCUGUGACGAGUACUACGUCGUAA